GACGACCGCCGCCGGCGAGAUACACAACUAUGCUAUCAAGAGUUGUUCCGACUGCCGCGGCGGCGGCCACGACGUACAAUGGCGUCUUCAAAGACAACUCUAUCGCCGUAACUCAUUCCCGAUCCGUCGAAUUCGUCUCAAUUCGAAAAGGAAACACCGGUUUAUUGUGCAAUUCACCGUCGCGGAAGGUUGCGCCGGUAAUGGCGGUGAAGACCAAUGAGCAACCGACCAGCGUCGCUGUUGGAUUGAAGGAGGCAGAGGCGGAGAAGAGCCUGGCGGAUCGGCUUCGGUUAGGGAGUUUGACAGAAGAUGGGUUAUCGUAUAAGGAGAGGUUCAUCAUAAGGUGUUAUGAAGUUGGGAUUAAUAAAACUGCAACUGUUGAAACAAUUGCCAAUCUGUUGCAGGAGGUUGGAGGUAAUCACGCUCAAAGUGUUGGAUUUUCAACAGACGGAUUUGCCACCACGACCACUAUGAGAAAGUUGCAUCUCAUAUGGGUGACUUCACGAAUGCAUAUUGAAAUUUACAGAUACCCUGCCUGGAGUGAUGUGGUUGAAAUUGAGACUUGGUGUCAAAGUGAAGGAAGGAUUGGGACCAGACGUGAUUGGAUUAUAAAAGACCAUGCGACUGGUGAGGUCAUUGGAAGGGCUACAAGCAAGUGGGUGAUGAUGAACGAGGAUACUAGAAAACUCCAGAAAGUCAAUGAUGACGUCAGAGACGAAUAUCUAGUUUUUUGUCCCAAGACACCAAGAUUAGCCUUUCCUGAAGAGAACAGUAGCAGCGUGAAGAAAAUAGCAAAACUAGAAGACCCUGCCGAAUAUUCGACGCUAAGACUUGUGCCAAGAAGAGCCGAUCUCGAUAUGAACAAGCAUGUCAACAAUGUUACCUACAUUGGGUGGGUUCUUGAGAGCAUCCCACAAGAUGUCAUUGAUACUCAUGAACUACAAACGAUUACCUUAGACUACAGGCGUGAAUGCCAGCAUGACGACAUAGUCGAUUCGCUCACAAGUUCUGAGUCACUCGAUGAUCCUGCCAUCUCAAAACUCGAAGGAACCAAUGGAUCUUCUGCUCCCAAAAAAGAUGCAGCGGAUUUGAGCCGGUUUUUGCAUUUACUAAGAUCAUCAGGUGCAGGUCUUGAACUAAACAGGGGUCGCACCGAGUGGAGAAAGAAACCCGCAAAAAAAUGAGCAACGUCCUUAGGUGGACUAGAUUUCCGGAUUCUCGAAACCCGACAGGUGCUCUCUUUAUCUUCCUAUGUCUUGCAUGUAGAAUGGCAUGAAUAAUCUAUCUAUGAAGUAAUGUUUUUGUUAGAAAAAUAAACAUGUUUCCCGAUAUUUGCUAAUACGAACGUGUAGUUAAAA